AGCUCUUUGGUUAGUUUUUCAGAAACACCCAGAACUAAAUUGUAACGAGAGAAAGCGAGCAAAAUGUCGUCACCGAAGCUGGACAGCAAGGUGUUCCAGAACCUAAAGGACGUGGCCCACAAAUUGCGCAUCCACUCGAUCACCUCGACGCAGGCGGCCAAGUCGGGUCAUCCGACGUCGUGUUCCUCGCUGGCGGAGAUUAUGACGGUGCUGUUCUUCCAGCAGAUGCGCCUAAAUCUGAAGCAUCCUCGCGAUCCUUCCAGCGAUCGAUUGGUCUUAUCCAAGGGACAUGCCGCUCCCAUUCUGUAUGCCGCAUGGGCGGAGGCAGGACUCUUUCCGGUGGAGGAGCUGCUCAAUCUGCGCAAGGUGGACAGCGACCUGGAGGGCCAUCCCACUCCACGGCUCAGUUUCGUCGAUGUGGGCACCGGAUCCUUGGGACAGGGCAUGGCCGUGGCCGCCGGAAUGGCCUAUGUGGGCAAGUACCUGGACAAGGCCGAAUAUCGCACCUAUGUGAUCCUCGGAGAUGGCGAAUCUGGAGAGGGAGCCGUGUGGGAAGCCCUCCAUUUUGCCGGUCACUAUUGCCUGGACAACCUGUGCGUCAUCUUCGAUUUGAACAAGCUGAUGUGCUCCAAUAGUGUCGGUGAAAUGGAGGUCUACCGGGAGAGAUUGGAUGCCUUUGGCUUCAAUGCCCUGGUUUUGAACGGCCACGACAUCGAUGAACUAGUCAAGGCGUUUCACAAUGCGGCCAGUACCAAGGGCAAGCCCACGGCUCUGUUGGCCAGGACCGUGAAGGGAAAGGACUUUCUGGGGGUCGAAGGAAUCGAAGAAAUGCACGCACAGCCAUUGGGAAAAAAGGCUGAGGCAGCUAUUAAGAACUUACAGAUGAUGAUCGCCAAUCCGAAUGUGCAUCUGUCGCCCAAGAAGAUAGGAAAAUGCGGCCACGCACCCGAUGUGGAUAUCAACAACAUAAUGCUGUGCAAUCCGCCCAAUUAUCGGCUGGGGGAUUCGGUGGCCACUCGUUAUGCGUAUGGCACUGCACUGGCCAAAAUCGCGGCGGAUAAUUGCCGGGUGAUUGCUCUCGAUGGCGACACGAAGAACUCCACGUAUGCGGAUAAGAUGAAGAAUGCAUUUCCGGAGCGAUUCAUUGAGUGCUUCAUAGCGCAGCAGAAUCUGGUGGGCGUGGCCGUGGGCGCCACCUGUCGACGUCGCACGGUGGCCUUUGUCUCAACAUAUGCCGCCUUCUUCACGCGGGCCUUCGAUCAGAUCCGCAUGGGAGCCAUUUCACACACGAACGUGAACUUCGUGGGCUCCCACUGCGGCUGCAGUGUGGGCGAGGAUGGACCCUCGCAGAUGGGACUGGAGGACAUGGCCAUGUUCCGGAGUAUUCCCGGCAGCACGGUCUUCUAUCCCACGGAUGCAGUCAGCACGGAACGGGCGGUGGAACUGGCGGCCAACACGAAGGGCGUGUGCUUCAUUCGGACCACAUAUCCGAACACCACUGUGAUCUACAACAAUGAUGAAGUUUUUGCCGUGGGACUGGCCAAGGUGGUGCGACAGAAGCCAUCGGAUGAGGUUCUGUUGAUUGGAGCCGGGGUCACACUGUACGAGUGCUUGGCCGCCGCCGAGCGAUUGGAGGAGGAGUGCAUCACUGCCCGCGUAAUCGACCCCUUCACAGUGAAGCCCCUCGAUGUGCGACUAAUUGUGAAGCACGGAAAGCUCUGUCGGGGCCGAAUUGUUGUGGUGGAGGACCACUAUCAGCAGGGCGGGCUGGGCGAGGCAGUGCUCAGUGCCCUGGCCGACUACCGGAACUUUGUGGUCAAGCAUCUCUAUGUGCCCACUGUACCCAGAUCGGGUCCUCCCGCCGUUCUGCUGGACAUGUACGGAAUCUCCUCCAGAAGUAUCUUCAAAGCCAGUCUUGCCAUCAUGAAGAAGUGAAGGCAAAUGCACAAAAAUGUGAGACAUCCUAAUGCUUGGUGCACGACCCAAAAUUUGUGGUACCUAAAUGAUAAAUUCAAUAUGUAAUAUUAAUUUUUUUUAAAUUUGACUAAAUUUUUACGGAGUUUUAUAACUAGGAAAUAAAAACCUACUCCAUUUUGUCAUCAAAA